ACAGCGCAACGCACGCUAUAUUAAGAUAAUGGAAAUAGCAAUAGUAUUGAUAUGUUUGCAAGGCAAGGUUUGUAGCGUCUAAGCGGGCGGGCGGCCUAGGUGCUCCAGUCAACAAACACUUUUUGAAAUGUUCUUUCUUUGUGUCACAUUUUGAAAUUUGGCAGUUGAUUCACUACACAGUGGUAGACACAAGUGUUGUUUAUCCUCAUAAAAUGGGCCCACCAAAGAAAAGGGCAUUGAAGACACUUUGUAGAGAUCUUCUACAGAAAAUCAUUCAAGAAAAUGAUGGUGGUCAUGACAGUGCUGAGGAUGCACGUGCUGCAAUGGAAAUUAUGCUUUUUAAAGUGAAGGAAGAUUUGAAGACAUGGUGAAAAUUCAAUACGAUUGGUCUGUUGUUAAUUUUGUUAUGCCAGUGACACCGAUCCAGCAUGACAGAAUUGUCGCAUUGUCACAGCAUUCUUUUAAGAAAUUGUGCCUUUCAGGGAAAAAUGACUGAGUGGGCUUAUCUGCAGCAACAACAGUAUUCAACAAAAUAAUAAGCUGCACUAUAGCCAAAUGUUAUGUAGUAUAUUUUGUUAAUUAAUUUUUCCAUAAAUAAAACAUAGUUGAUGCUUGUGAACUUCUGGUGCUGGGUUGUGUCCAAGUACCUGUCUCCUGUACCCAUUUGAAUAGCACAAAUGAAAUUCCUGAUAUCAGGUAACUGAAGAAAUUAUCUGAAUUCUGCUCACAGAAACAGUUGUUUCAAACCAAUCAUGCAACAAAAUUUGUUAUAGGAACACCAUGACUGAUGUUUUAAGGUGUUUAAAAUAUAAGUAAUCAAACAUUUUUGCUGUAUUUUUGUCGGGUUGUACUGAAAGCUGUUCCCCUACCAUCCUGUCAAUUUAAUAUUUUCAUUUGUAGUUAUUAUUUGACUAAAAUAUGUAUGUUCACUGUGACAUUUGUUUUGCACUUCUUUGAUUUCUGAAGGUUUGUAUGAAAAUUUGUGUGUGUGUGUAUGUAUUUUGUGUGUAUUAUGUGUGUAUUUUGUGUGUAUGUAUGUGGAAGCAUAUGCAUGUUCAUGUGCACAUGCAGAUGUAU